AUGACUUACAACGCUGAAUCUUCGAGUUUUAGGCGGAGCAGAUCUAUUGGAGGCAGAAGAAUGUGUGACUGUGGGUUGCCCGCCAAGAUUUUCACUGCGUGGACAAAUAAGAAUCCUGGGCGAAAAUUUUUUGGUUGUGAACUGUAUAAGGAAAUGGGCAAUGAACACUGCAAAUUCUUUGAAUGGUUCGAUGAAGGAGAAGUCACUGGGUGGCCAAAAAGAGCGUUGAUUGAAGCUAGAGAUGAAAUUAGAGAGAAAAGAAGAGUGAUCAAUGAACUGAGAAAUAGAAAUUUGGAACUUUCUAUGGAAUUGGAGAAGAAAGAGGCUGCAAAAUCAAAUGGAAGUGAAGAUGAGAUGAAACGUUUGAACCCCAACCUUGGUUGGAAGAAUAAGUUUCUGAAACUGUGUUGUAUUGUUAGUGAUUAA